UCACGUUUGCUGUCCCAGGUUGUAACUUGUUGAGUAUGUGUCGACCAGGGAGCGUCUCUUCAGCCUUUAUUCUUGCACUUCCCCUUGAAUUGUUUAUUGCCUGUUAGUUUCAAAAGAAAAAACAACAACAACUCAAAAUGGAACACUACGUCAAGAUAGCGAGAGAGUUACUCAAGAAGCACGCCGUUGCUAUCACCGUUGCAGUUGCAGCAGGGGCAAGCCUGCUGGCCUUGCGCAGGUGGCUGGCGGGAAGAGUGUGUCGGAGCAAGGCCAGCCUGAAUGGGAAAACAGUGCUGAUCACAGGCGCCAACACUGGCCUUGGGAAGGAGACGGCCCUGGAUCUGGCGCAACGAGGGGCCAGAGUAAUCCUCGCCUGCAGGGACUUGACCAAAGCCAGCAUGGCCGCCGACUACAUCCGCCGGAAGAGCGGCAACAACAACGUGGUGGUGAUGAAGCUGGACCUGGCCUCCCUGAAGUCAGUCAGAGAAUUGGCCAGCCAAGUUAUAAAUAGCGAGGAGCGUUUGGACAUCCUGAUUAACAAUGCAGGUAUCAUGAUGUGCCCCAAGUGGAAGACGGAGGACGGCUUCGAAAUGCAGUUCGGCGUCAAUCACCUGGGACACUUCCUGCUCACCAACCUUCUCCUCAGCAUGCUGAAAAGCUCUGCACCAAGCCGAAUUGUCAUUGUCUCCAGUAGGGCGCAUGAGAAGGGCUCCAUCCACUUUAAUGACAUCCACCUUGAUGAAAACUACCAACCUGACGUGAGCUACCGCCAAAGCAAGUUGGCCAAUGUGCUCUUCUGCAGGGAACUAGCGAUCAGGCUAAAAGGCACCGGCGUGAACACAUACUGCCUCCACCCCGGUGUCGCCAGUACCGAGUUGGGCCGCCACCUGUUCCCUACGUCCCUGUGGAAGAAUCUGCUCCUCAUACCUUUCCUGAUGAUGAUCAAAACUCCACGGGAAGGAGCACAGACUUCCAUCUUCUGUGCCGUGGACGAGAGUCUAGCCACAUCCAGCGGCCUCUACUACAGUGACUGUGCCGUCACCUGUCCUGCCCCAGCAGCCACGGAUAAUGGGAUAGCCAAGCGACUGUGGGCCCUCAGCGCCAGUUUGGUCGAGCUGGAAUGAAGUCAGCGUCCUGCCGCGCCUCCAUUCAUGCCGCUCAGGCCAAUGUACAGUUGCUACAGUGAUUAUCAUGUACUGCCUUUUUUUUUUUUUUACAUUUGAAUGAGACCCAUUAACUUUGCACAGUAAACGCUCAGUGAUCUAUGAAAAUAUUAGGGCCACACUGAAAAGAAAAGACUACUAGAGAAUAAACUCAUAGAAUUUUUAAAGUCUACAUGUUGCAAAAAUGAAUUAAGAGGGAGAAAAUUAAUAUUAAGAGGAAAAAUACAUUUGUAAGAACACAUUUGGAAUAUUACUCCAAAAAUAUUUUAUUUUAUGAGAAAAUUAAAGGCAACAUUACAUGGAAAAACAUGCAAUAAACUAUUAAGAGAUUUUCUACAUUUUAUGCGAAUACAUUUUUGAAAAUAAAGAUUUUUAAAAAUUGUGUUAUGAAAAAACAUUUAACAGUAAAAUUUAUAUUAAAAGAAAAAAAAUCUAAUAGAAUAAAUAUAAAAGAAAAAAGUAAAUUGUAUGACAAUAAAGCUGUAAUAUGACAAAUAAAAUUUAAAACCCAACUUGAGCAUUUUUUUGAACAUUUUAUUCUUGUAUUUCAACUUUUCUCAUAAUUUUUUGCACAAUUCUUUAUUUAUUACAACAAUACGUUUUCUCAUAACAUUGGAACAACUAUGCAAUUAUAGUUAUUUUCCUUUCAGUGUGUCCCGAGUAGUCCUCUGUAGUAAACAAUGAGUUUAAAUGAAAUGCACUGCUUCUUGAUAUGAACUGCUUUAAAGUAACCUGCAACCUGUUUAACCAGUCUUUUCAAGAGAGAAAGUAAAAAUAAGCUUGACCAUAAAAUUAACCACAUUAUCUUAGUUUGUUUUAACUUACACUCUCGGAAAAUAAAAACAAUAAAAAACAUUAUUAUAGGUCACACUUAUGGUGGAAAAAGUUUUGAAACGAUUAUUCGUAAUCUCAUUUUCUUUAUAUCACAAAAGCUCGGCAUUUGCACUGGUGUGUGUAGACCUUUUUAUAUCCGGUUGUGUACUGUAUAUCUUAAAUGCUGUGGUGUAUGCUGCUGUUAGAGAUUUUUUUUUAAACUUUUUCAUGUGACUCAACUCCUCUUGAGUUUACUGAAAUUCCUGUUCAUUAAUCUUCUCUUCUCAUGUGUUUGCAACCCUGCAGUUCCUGUGUACACUGCCCUUAAAAUAAACAAUUUCAACUUGAUGUACAAACCGAGCUCAACUUGGAAGAGGAGAAAAAUAUUAUUGUAUAGGUGACCUUAAUAAGCUGUUAUUAAAAUAUGUCUGUCAGAAUAAAAGUAAAGAAAAUUAAUGCAUAAAACAACUAUAUCGAUACAAUGGCCACUUUAUUAUGUGCACUUAUUUAAAAUAGAGGUCAGUAACAAUUGGACUUUUUUUCUUCUUUUUUUGCACGAGUGCUCCCCCUACAGUUGAGAAGUGCAGUUUACUUUUAAGCCACAUACAGAUCGAAGUGCAUUUUUAACCAACUCAAGUCAAUGAUUGUACAUGUAAAAACACAAGUGGUAAUGUCAUUUCUUGAAAUAAACAUCUGAUCAUUUUA